AUGGUCCAGAUUAAGGCUCGAGACCUUCGCGGCAAGAAGGAGGAAGUGCUUCAAGAGCUGGAAGUCCUGAGGGUGGAGCUGUCCCAGCUGUGCAUCCCUGAAGUGACAGGCAGCCCAGCCUCCAAGUUCUCCAAGAUCCGAGUUGUUCACAAAUCCGUCGCCCGUGUUCUCACCGUCAUCAACCAGGCUCAGAAAAAGAACCCCGGGAAACUCUACGAGGGUAAGAACAAGCAUGAGCGGAACCUGAAGCCCAAGAAGCAGCAGCAGGGGUGGCUACACUCGCUGUGCAAUCAAGGCCUGAGCAUCAGCAUCAGUGAAACACAAACAAACUCACUCCCGAAACCAACUUCGCACUGCAUGUUUAACUAG